UUUUCAAUCUCACAAAAACGGCAACUCCAAGUGUAGGCAGUACGCAGUACGCAGUACGAUCCCACAAAUCUCUUCAUUUUCUAACCGUCUCGUUCUUCUGCAUAGUUCUCUCUUCUUUGCUUCGGUUUUUAGGGUUUACAACAACAGCAAUUCAUGGAGGAGGAACCAGUGGUUUCGGAAACAGCGAAUCGUCGUACGAAACGAACGAGAGCUCAAACUAGGGUUAACGAAGAGCAAUUACACAGCAGUGUGAAUGAGGAAGAGAGAGAAGAAUCGUCCGAGGACUUUGAAGACUCUCGUGCUAGAGCUAAGCGGAGUAAGGCUUUAGGAGGCACUUCAUCUGCUGCUGCUGCUGCUAGAAAUGCUCAUCAGAGUUUAAUUGAUGUUGUUAAAGGUGAUAGGAGACGAAUUCCUCUAGUGGUCAAGCAUUGGGUGGAACACUAUGAGAAGGAUCCGAAAGCUGCAAUGGCUGGACUAUUGAGCAUGAUGUUUGAGGCAUGUGGAGCAAAAUAUCAUAUUGAAGAAGAUUUCUUGGACCAAACCGAUGUUGAUGAUGUUGUAGUUGCUCUUGUAAACAUGGCUAAGAGGGGUGAAGUUGAGGAUUAUCAAACUUCAAAGAAGAAGGACUUCAAGACCUUCAAAGAUAACCUCGUCUACUUCUGGGAUACACUGGUUGCUGAAUGUGAAAAUGGACCACUUUUUGAUAGGGUCUUGUUUGACAAGUGCAUGGAUUAUGUGAUUGCGCUAUCAUGCACUCCUCCUAGAGUAUAUCGUCAGGUUGCUUCAUUAAUGGGGCUUCAACUUGUUACAUCCUUUAUACACAUUGCCAAAGUACUUGGUUCACAGCGGGAAACCACACAGAGACAGCUAAAUGCUGAACAGAAGAAGAAAGUGGAUGGGCCUCGAGUUGAAUCACUAAAUAAAAGAUUAUCCAUGACACAUGAAAAGAUAACAAUAAUAGAGGAGAUGAUGCGGAAGAUAUUUACUGGGCUAUUUAUGCACCGUUAUCGAGAUGUCGAACCUGAUAUCAGAAUGGCAUGCAUACAGUCAUUGGGUGUCUGGAUCCUGUCAUACCCCUCCCUGUUUUUGCAGGAUUUGUAUUUGAAAUAUCUCGGAUGGACAUUGAAUGAUAAAAGUGAUGGUGUAAGGAAGGCAUCAGUUCUUGCACUGCAGAAUCUUUAUGAGGUGGAUGAUAAUGUACCAUCUCUUGGCCUUUUCACGGAGAGAUUUUAUAAAAGGAUGAUCGAACUUGCUGAUGAUGUUGAUAUUUCUGUGGCAGUAUGUGCUAUAGGACUUGUGAAACAACUGAUAAGACAUCAACGUGUUCCCGAGGAGGAAUUAAGUUCUUUAUAUGAUUUGCUAAUUGAUGAUCCACCUGAAAUCAGGCGUGCCAUUGGAGCUCUAGUGUAUGAUAAUCUGAUUGCCCAGCGAUUGAACAGUUCACAAUCUAGUUCAGGGGAUAAUGCUGAUUCUUCUGAGGUUCAUCUUAAUAGACUGUUGCGCAUAUUGGGAGAGUUUUCAAAAGACGAAAUGCUGAGUAUGUAUGUCAUCGAUGAUAUUUGGGAGUAUAUGGACGCCAUGAAAGAUUGGAAGCGUAUCCUGUCUAUGCUCUUGGAAGAAGAGCUAUCAGCUGAACUAAGUGAUGUAGAUGCAACAAACCUAAUUCGGCUGCUUUUUGCGUCCAUUAGGAAGGCAGUUGGAGAGAAGAUUGUUCCUGCCAGUGAUAAUAAAAAACAAUAUUAUACUAAAGCACAAAAGGACGUGUUUGAAAGUUCUAAGCGUGAUAUAACCAUUGCUAUGAUGAGGAAUUGUCCACAGCUUCUUCGCAAAUUUAUGUCUGACAAAGCAAAAAUUCCCUAUCUACUUGAAAUCAUUGUUCAUAUGAACCUUGAGCUCUAUUCUCUUAAAAGACAAGAUCAGAACUUUAAAUCUGCUGUACUUCUGAUGAAAGAAGCAUUUUUCAAGCAUGGUGAGAAGGAAGCUCUGAGAUCUUGUGUAAAAGCUCUGAACUUCUGUGCUACUGAGAGUCGUGGGGAGUUACAGGACUUUGCCCUUAACAAAUUGAAGGGGAUUGAAGAUGAGCUCAUUAUCAAACUUAAAUCUGCAAUAAAAGAAGUUGCUGAUGGUGAUGAUGAAUAUUCAAUGCUUGUUAACUUGAAAAGGUUGUAUGAACUUCAAUUGUCAAGGCAAAUUUCCAUUGAAAGCUUGUAUAACGAUCUUGCAGAGACUCUCAAGAACUUCAGAAGUAUUGAUGACGAGGUAAUUGGAUUUCUGCUUCUUAACAUGCAUCUGCAUGUUUGCUGGUGCCUACACUCUAUCAUCAACUCUGGCACAGUCCUGGAACAAUCUAUAUCUUCCUUAAUCUCAAAACGCAGUGCCUUGUUUGAACUACUUGAGUCCUUCCUGACUACUAAUUCUCCAGAAGGUCUUCGUGCAAGUCAACUUGCAUGUAGGAUUUGUGUUAUUUUUUCAGAACAGUGGUGUCUGUUCAGGAAAGCAACCUUUGCAUCCACGGAAAUAGAAGCUUUGGGGUACUCUCCAGAUGAAGCCAUUCUUCAAAAGUUCUGGAAGCUUUGUGAACGCCAACUACAUAUUCCAGAUGAGGCUGAAGAAGAAGAUUCUAAUAGGGAAUACAUUGAGGAGACAAAUCGAGAUGCUGUAAUCAUUGCUGUUGGGAAGUUGGUUGCUGUUGAUGCAGUUCCUAAGGAAUAUCUUGCUCCAGAGAUACUAUCUCAUCUUUCAAUGCAUGGGACAAGUGUAUCUGAGGUUAUUAAGCAUUUGCUAACCGUGUUAAGGAAUAACGGUGCAGAUGUUGCAUUUUUGUUCCUAGAGGCACUAAAAAGGGCCCAUGAACGGUACUUAGUAGCACUUUUCUCUGAUGAUGACGAAUCAGCGAGAAAGACUUUUCAUGAAUGUGAAGAUCUCGCCAGUGGGCUUGCUAAGACUUUUGGAAAUGCUGCUAGAAACAAGCACCGGUCAGAUCUUCUGAAUAUUGUCACAGGAGGCAUUCAAUAUGCCUUUACUGAAGCUCCAAAGCAUUUAUCUUUCUUGGAUGGUGCUGUGCUGUAUUUCAUAUCUAAACUUCCUUCUCCAGAUAUUAUGAACAUCUUGAAAGAUGUCGAGAAAAGAACUGAAAAUGUUAACACGGAUGAAGAUCCAAGCGGUUGGCGACCAUAUCAUAUAUUUGUAGAUACGGUCCAUGAGAAGUAUGCUAAGGGUGAAGUUUUACAAGAUGAUAAGGAAGGUACAGUCGGGAGACAUCGAGGUCGUCUGACCAAGAAGCAGAACAUACAAGGAAAGAAGCUUUUUGACGAGCACAAUUCUAGUGAAGACGAGGAAUCAAUCAGUGGAUCUGACCAGGAGGCAGAUGAAGAAAAACAAGAUGACGAAGAGGUCCCUCUAAUACAUUCUUUUAAGUCAUCAGCCAAGCUAAGGUCUCUGAAGAUAUCAAGAGAGAGCUGAAGCUAUGUGAGAACUGGUCAUUUUGGUCUCUGUUUAGACUUUUCCUGUUCCAAAGCAUCAGGUUCUCAAGUCUUAAAAGUCUGUUCUCUAUGAUCACGAGCAAACAGGUUCCUCGCGAACCAUUCUAGUUUGAGAGGAAACCUUUGUUGAAGUAGACCUUAGGUGCAUGCAGCCUUGUGUAUUAAAAAUAGGUCAUGUCUCGAUCUCUUUUUUUUUUUUUCUUUUCGAAGUAGCUGUAUUUGCGAUUUCUUUUUGGCAGCUUCAAGUCAUUUGUGGAUUCGCUAAGCUAUUAUUUAUCGGGAUUACCUUGUCAUUAUGUAACCUUUGGACUCCUAAUGGCUAGUAAGUUCUGAAUUGCCAAAAAAAAAGUACUAGGAAGAGAAAUGUGCUGAAGAUGGAAGCAAAAUUCAAGUAGGAGAAAUGCAAAAUAUUCAAAUACAGGAUCAACGUUUCUGA